AUGAAGGUCAAGAAAACGUCUCCGAAAAUGUCCGGAUUGGUCGUCGCGGCUCUUAGGAACCUCCGCGCUGCACAUGGUUCCACAGCCAAAGAGAUCAUGAAGUACAUCAUGGCCGAAUACAAUGCCUCCGAAGCUGUCGUUCAACGCCAGCUGAAAACAGCCCUGAAGCGCGGUGUUGAAUACGGAAUUCUGAAAAAGACAACCGCCGGUUAUAGCCUCAACACCGAUGCUGAAGUCAUCGGGCCGUUCGAUUUAGCUCAAAUGGAUGCUUGCGGCAAACGAAAAAAACGCAGCUGCAAGCCGAAGCGUCGUGGUUGCGUACCGAAGAAGCGAUCGUGCCCUAAGAAGCGCAAGCGCAGCUCGUGCCCUCGUCGCCGCAAGAAGAAGAAUCCCUGCGGCAUGUGCGCGGCUCGUGGGCGUCGCGGCGAUUGUGGUGCUGAGCCGGUCAAUCUGCCGGCAAGUCGCGAAGGCAGUCCGAACAUGGCUGCCAACGACGACGAAGACGAGGAGAUUGGCGAUGCCAUGACACCACAGCAGCACAUUAAUUCCGAGACUAGCAAAGCGCCAACGCGCAGCCGAAGCAACAGUCGCGGCAGGAACGACGGUGGCGCAAGGUCGAGGAGUCAAAGUCUGGUCGAUAGCGACGAGCUGGAUGACGAAUUGUGA